UGCUUAAUUCUUUUCCGCGCGAGACUUUUUGUCCUCGGGUGGCAUCCGUAGUCCCUGAAAGGUCGGGGCUGAAUGUUGAGACUGGGAGAAAAUGGCGGCCUCCGUCCGCUGCUAUCGAGUCCCCUGCCGGCUCCUGCUAUUGCCGAGAGCCGGCUAUAACGUUCCUCCGUCGACAUCUCCUCUUCUUCAGCAACAGCGUGACGUUCAUCACUCCGUAAUUCCUCAUGGGAAGAGCGGGCGUUCAUCCGUCAGCGGCAUUGUAGCCACUGUCUUUGGGGCCACAGGAUUCCUGGGUCGCUAUGUCGUCGGCCGCCUGGGACGGAUUGGCUCCCAAGUCAUCAUUCCUUACCGCUGUGAUCCAUAUGACAUGAUGUAUUUACGGCCCAUGGGUGAUCUUGGACAGAUUCUGUUCAUGGAGUGGGAUUCGCGUGACAAAGAUUCUAUCCGAAGAGCCAUUGAACACAGCAAUGUUGUCAUCAACCUUGUUGGAAGAGAGUGGGAAACGAGAAACUUCAAAUUUGAAGAUGUCUUUGUUAACAUCCCCAGGGAUAUUGCCAGGCUUUCCAAAGAAGCUGGCGUAGAAAAAUUCAUUCACAUGUCUCACCUGAAUGCACACUUGAGAAGCUCUUCUAAAUACCUUCGGAAUAAAGCUGCUGGGGAAAAGGCUGUGCGAGAAGAGUUUCCAGACGCUAUCAUCAUGAAGCCUUCAGAAAUGUUUGGAAGAGAGGACAGGUUUUUCAACCACUACGCAAAUAUGGGCUGGUUUAUUGGUGUGCCAUUGAUUUCCAUGGGCAAGCGAACAGUGAAACAGCCAAUCUAUGUGGUUGAUGUAGCCAAGGCAAUACUUAACUCUAUUAAGGAUCCUGAUGCCAAAGGCAAAACCUAUGCAUUGACUGGCCCACAGAGAUAUUACCUUUAUGACUUAGUAGCUUAUCUUUAUGCGGUGCUCCACAGAACUUUUCUCCCAUAUCCAUUGCCUCGACCUCUGUAUCGCUUGGGUGCAAGAUUCUUUGAGGUAAGCCCGUUUGAGCCGUGGACAACCAGAGACAAAGUGGAUCGGUUCCAUACUACGGACAUGAGGUACCCUGAUCUUCCCGGCUUAGAGGACCUGGGCAUCACGGCCACCCCCGUGGAGCAGAAAGCCAUAGAGGUGCUGCGCCGCCACCGCACGUUCCGCUGGAUGGACACAGAGCUCGAGGAAGCAAAACCAGCCAAGCCUGUGACCGACAUGUAAACCCUCGGCCUCUGCAGAGUUGCAGGCUGGACUUGUGUCGAUUUUGUUUGUUUGAAAACUCUGUACAUAACAAAGUUUAAAUCCA